AUGUCUACCAGCGUAUCAUCUAACAUCGUAUCAACUAACAUUCUCAAAGUCCUUUCGCUCUCACCAGAGGAAUAUCGAAAGAGAAAGGUCGCUUUGAUUUCUGGCAUCACCGGACAAGAUGGUUCCUAUCUAACAGAGUUCCUUUUGGAAAAGGGAUAUACCGUUCAUGGGAUUAUACGACGCUCGUCGUCCUUUAAUACCGGAAGAAUCGAACAUCUUUACAGAGAUUCUCAUGAGGGCCCUAAAAUGAUCCUUCAUUAUGGUGAUUUGACCGAUUCGACCAAUCUUGUACACAUCAUAUCGAAAGUUCUUCCAACCGAAAUCUAUAAUUUGGGCGCUCAAUCCCACGUAAAGGUUUCAUUUGAUAUGGCCGAAUAUACGGGAAACGUCGAUGCAUUGGGCACUUUACGAUUAUUGGACGCCAUACGAACAUGUGGCCUAACCAGACACGUUAGAUUCUACCAGGCAUCCACUUCCGAGCUUUACGGAAAAGUCGUUGAAACACCUCAAUCAGAGACCACUCCGUUUUACCCGCGUUCUCCUUAUGGUGUUGCCAAACUAUAUGCUUACUGGAUAGUUAUCAACUACCGUGAAGCUUAUAAUAUGUUUGCUUGUAACGGUAUCCUUUUUAAUCAUGAGUCGCCUCGCCGUGGACGUACAUUCGUCACUCGUAAGAUUUCGCGCGCUGUCGCUGAAAUCUCCUUGGGUAAACAAGAAUGUCUGUGGCUUGGUAAUAUAGACGCCAAGCGUGAUUGGGGGCAUGCCAAGGAUUAUAUUGAGGGCAUGUGGCUAAUGCUGCAGCAAGAUAGUCCUGACGACUUUGUGCUUGCCACUGGUGAAACGCAUACUGUUAAAGAAUAUGUUGAUAAAGCCUUUUCUGUCAUAGGAAGGACCAUAAUCUGGGAAGGGGAAGGGGAAGAACUCGUCGGUCGUGAGAAAGAUACAGGAAUCAUUCGCGUACGCGUGGAUCCAAAGUAUUUCCGUCCCACUGAAGUUGAACUUUUGCUUGGUAAUCCCGCUAAAGCGAAUAAACUUCUUGGAUGGAAACGAAAGGUGGACUUUGACUCGUUAGUGAAAGAGAUGGUCCUAGCUGAUAUUGAGGCGAUCGUUUUGUCUGUCCGUGAACCAUCUUCAAAUGAACUUAUUUUAGAUGAUCUUCAUGUGAAGUUGUCAACAACUUUAUCCAUGGUGUUUAGCGGUAACGAAGAGAUGUUCGAAAAGCAAAAAGUUUUUAAGGAAAUCAUUACCCCAAAUUUCACAGAUGCAGGAGUAGAGUCGCGUGUGUAA